AUGUUUAUAAUAAUUUUUCUUUUAAUUGCUUUGAUUGACAAAUCAUUCGCAUGUAAUGGCUAUAAACUUAUUCAAAAACGCAUGGAAAAUUGCGACGAUUCGGGUAAAGAUGUUGUCAGAUUUCUCUACAAGAAUUCGUCUUUAACAUUGAGCAAUGAUUGCAAACUUGUUCCAAACUUUUGCAUUGCUACCCUCGGCUAUAAGACUGCAAUGGUAUCAUAUAAAAUAUGGAAGAAUGGUGUAGUUAUCUUAAAAGGACAGAAGGAUAUGUGUGGUAUGUUCAACACCGCUGGCAAAGAUGCUAAAGCCAUCAUGAAGAAACUUGAUGUUGGCGACGGUUGUCCUUUCGAACCAAAAUUAGCAAUCUGCUUUGAUGAAAAGAUGACAUAUAGUAUGGACAAAUUUAAACCAUUUAUGUCGGUAGGUCUUGGUGGUCCAAUGAAGACCGAAACUAAAAUUGAACAUGACAAUGGCCACAGCUGCUUCAUAUCCGAAUUUGAACUUGUAAAGAAAUGA